GUAUUUCCCUCACAGAAGAGACAGUCCUCCUGUUCUCCUGACUUGGGGGCGACCCUGCUUUUCCCUCGCUGCCCAUCAGUUGGCGCCUUUUACCUCCCCCCAACCCCCACCCCCGAUCCAGCUUUGGGGGCUGCAGUCGCUCCGCAGCUCGCAGGUCACAUGGCCUGGCAGAGCUUGGGGAACCCUGCGCCGGAGCGGCUACGGGAGGAGGCGAGGCUUCCGCUGCUCCUGCCCGGCAGGAUUCUGCGAAGGCGCUUCCACCGAGAUCUGCCAGCCUGGGCUUCGGCGACGCUGGCCUUGGCAAGCCAGGACGCCUCCACCGGGUUUGACUUAAUGAUUCUGGCCUGAAAUCCAGGAUGGUUUGUUCUUGGGACCAGACAUGACCAAAAGUUGCCUCAUGACCACGCCAACCUCUCCAACUGCCAUGCUUCUCCGGAGGCUUCGGCGACUCUCCUGGGGCAGCACCGCUGUCCAGCUCUUCAUCCUAACUGUGGUGACGUUUGGCUUGCUGGCCCCGCUGGCCUGCCACCGGCUCCUGCACUCCUACUUCUAUCUGCGCCAUUGGCAUCUAAACCAGAUGAGCCAGGAGUUCCUGCAGCAAAGCCUGAAGGAGGGGGAGGCUGCCCUUCACUACUUUGAAGAGCUGCCCUCUGCCAAUGGUUCUGUGCCCAUCGUGUGGCAGGCCACCCCGCGGCCCUGGCUGGUGAUCACCAUUAUCACCGUGGACAGGCAGCCCGGCUUCCACUAUGUCUUACAGGUAGUAUCGCAGUUCCAUCGGCUUCUGCAGCAGUGCGGCCCCCAGUGCGAGGGGCACCAGCUCUUCCUGUGUAAUGUGGAGCGGAGUGUGAGCCAUUUUGACGCCAAGCUGCUGUCUAAGUACGUCCCCGUGGCCAACCGCUACGAGGGCACCGAGGAUGAUUACGGCGACGACCCUUCAACUAACUCGUUUGAGAAAGAGAAGCAAGACUAUGUUUAUUGCCUGGAGUCAUCGCUGCAGACCUACAAUCCAGACUAUGUCUUGAUGGUGGAGGAUGACGCCAUACCAGAAGAACAGAUCUUCCCGGUAUUGGAGCACCUUCUGCGGGCUCGCUUCUCCGAACCACACCUCCAGGAUGCCCUGUAUCUGAAGCUCUAUCACCCGGAGAGGCUCCAGCACUACAUCAACCCGGAGCCUAUGCGGAUCCUGGAGUGGGUUGGCGUGGGCAUGCUGCUGGGGCCUGUGCUAACCUGGAUAUACAUGAAAUUCGCCUGUCGCCCGGGCUUCAGUUGGCCGGUCAUGCUUUUCUUCUCCCUGUACAGCAUGGGGCUGGUGGAACUGGUGGGCCGACACUAUUUCCUGGAACUGCGGCGCCUGAGCCCCUCCUUGUACAGUGUGGUUCCCGCCUCUCAGUGCUGCACCCCAGCUAUGCUCUUCCCCGCCCCUGCAGCCCGCAGGACCCUCACCUACCUGUCCCAGGUGUACUGCCACAAGGGCUUUGGCAAGGACAUGGCACUGUACUCUCUGUUAAGAGCCAAGGGGGAGCGGGCCUACGUGGUGGAGCCCAACCUUGUGAAACACAUCGGACUCUUCUCCAGCCUCCGGUACAAUUUUCAUCCCAGCCUGCUCUAGGAGUGCUAGAAAAAAGUACUUCUGUACUUGGCGACUUCCUGGAGAGACACACACUGAGCUCUUUCUUUAAACAUGGUUGCUUGCAGAUAUUCCGUUGUUUACUAUCUCUAGGUGUAAACGCACCGGGACAGCGGAGGAAUGCAUCCAAGUCAAGAGCCCCCACUGGGCAUUGCGCAGCCAGAGCCGCACCUUGCCACCGGUCUGGAUCUCCGUCCCUCCACACAGCCACACUGCCUCAUGCAGUUUGUCCAUGACAGUUACCUUCUCCCAUCGUCUGUAAGCUCUGCCUCGCGACAGAACUCGUGGCCGCCAAAAAUCUUGUGCACCGUGGUGUAAGACUUGUGUUAGGGUUUUAAGGGUAGAAUAUGGUGGGCAGUCCAACGCUUUCGAAUGGAUUCCUUUCUCGCAGGUAUGAGAACAAAUGCGUGCUUAGAACAUGUGCCCCAAAAGGCAGGCCCAUGUUGUCAUAUUCUCCUCGUUUUCCUCAACCUGGUGUAAUAAACACGUAAAAGUUG